CCGCGGGGAACUGUGAGGGGUGGGGGAAACUUUGAAAGUUGGAUGCUACAGACCCGGGUUCUUUUUCUGCUGCAUCUUGAAAGCAUGGGUAGCAAGAAGCUCAGAAGAGUGGGCUUAUCACAAGAGCUGUGUGACCGUCUGAACAGACAUCAAAUUGUUACCUGUCAGGACUUUUUAUGUCUUUCCCCACUGGAACUUAUGAAGAUGACUGGCCUUAGUUAUCGAGGUGUCCAUGAACUUCUGUGUAUGGUCAGUAGAGCCUGUGCCCCACAGAUGCAAACGGCUUAUGGGUUAAAGAUGCAAACAUCUGCCUCUGUCUCACCAGUGUUCUUAGCUACAACUCUUUCUGCGUUGGAUGAAGCCCUGCAUGGUGGAGUGGCUUGUGGAUCCCUCACAGAGAUUACAGGCCCACCAGGUUGUGGAAAAACUCAGUUUUGUAUGAUGAUGAGCAUUUUGGCCACAUUACCCACCAACAUGGGAGGAUUAGAAGGAGGUGUUGUAUACAUCGACACAGAGUCAGCAUUUAGUGCUGAAAGACUGGUUGAGAUAGCAGAAUCUCGUUUUCCCAGAUAUUUUAACACUGAAGAAAAAUUACUUUUGACAAGCAGUAAGGUUCAUCUUUAUCGGGAACUCAGCUGCGAUGAAGUUCUACAAAGAAUUGAAUCUUUGGAAGAAGAAAUUAUUUCAAAGAGAGUUAAACUUGUAAUUAUUGACUCUGUUGCUUCCGUGGUAAGAAAGGAGUUUGAUGCACAACUUCAGGGCAACAUGAGAGAAAGAAAUAAGUUCUUGGCCAGAGAAGCUGCCACCUUGAAGUAUUUGGCUGAGGAAUUUUCAAUCCCGACGGUAUGCCUCAUUAUAGUUCCUCAAACAUUCCAGCAAACACUCCCUCCUCAAGAAGUGUUUGUUAUUCCUCAGUCUGAAAUAUUUCUCCUCUAAAUAUCUGUAUGAUUUCUUCUGUCCUGUCAUCUUAUUAAUGAGGACUUUCCUGACCAUGUAAGUAUUAACCACACUCCCUGCCUCCCCAUUUCCUUUAUUAUGCUUUAUGUUUCUUCAUUAUAAUUUUCACCAUCCAGGAUGUUAUAUAUUUAUGUUGACUGUGUGUGUCUCCUCCACCCCACAGAAUGGUCCUAGGAACUGUCUACUUUGUUCAGUGCUUUAUUCUUAGGAGCAGGAACAAUGCCUAACACACAGUAGGCACUCAGUAAAUAUUUUUGAAUGUAUGAAUUGCAGCUAUUGCUUUUCUCUUUGGACUUGAAUUUUAUAUAUAUUGGUACUCCACUUAAAUUUUAAUAUUUGCUUUUAACCUUAUUUGGAUCCUAUAUUUAAUAUUGUUUGUUACUUCUAAGAGUCUUAAGAUAUAAUAUUAGCAGAAUGUCUUAUCAGAUAGGAGCUAUACUUAGUUAUACUGGCAUCUUAUAGGAAGAAAAAGAAUUCUUAAAAUUCUUAAUCUUGGAAGUAGAAAAGAUUUUAUUUCAGUUUAGUAGAACUAUGAAUGUCUGAUGGCCUCCGAGGAGUGGGCGGGAAGCCAAGCAUUCCAGCCUGCCCUCUGGCUGUGGGUCUGAGAUGGUGAAUAGAGCCAGGACCAUGCCUGGUACUUUGACACUCUAGAUAUCAUUUCAUUUAAAUAAGAGUAAAGAGUAAAACCAACCUGGGUGGUGGGAUGAGUACUAUAUUGAAUUUUAAAAUUUCUGUUUGGUGAACAUGCAGUACUUUUAGUAUGUGGAGAAAAGCUUAAAACUAUAAUCUGUAUUUAAUUUUGAUUGUCACAUUGUAUAUGUUUGUAUAGGUAUGUAUGUUUGUAUGCCAGCAUUCCUGUAUGCAUGAAGAUUGCAAUCUUCUCAGUAACUGAUAGAAUAGACAAAAUAUUAGCCAAUUAAAUCCAGGACAGAAGACCUGAAUAACAUAACCAACUUGAUCUGAUUGACAUUUACAAAACAUUCCGCUCACUGCCUGCAGAAAAUGCAUUUCUUUCAAGUUCACAUGAGAUAUUCACCAAGAUAGACUAUAUUCUGGGCCGUAAAAUAAAACUCAACAGAUUUAAAAGACUGAAAUGGUAUGAGGUAUGUUUUUGACCCACAAGAAGAAUUAAAUUAGAAAUCGCUAAUACAGGGAUGCCUGGGUGGCUACAUCAGUUGAAUGUCCAUCUCUUGGUUUCAACUCAGGUCAUGAUCUCACAGUUCAUGAGAUUGAGCACCAAGUUGGGCUUUGCGCUGAUAGUGCAGAGCCUGCUUGGGAUUCUCUCUCACUCUCUCUCCACACCUCCCCCAAAUAAAUAAAUAAACAUUAAAAAAAAAAAAAAAGAAAUCGCUAAUAUAAACAUAUCUGGAAAGUCCCCAAAUAUUUGGUAAUUAAGUAAAACACUUCUAAAUAACCCAUGUGUAAAGAGAAAAUCAUGAAAACUUAGAACAUGUUUUGAAGUAAAUCAAAAGGAAAAUACAACAUACCAAAUUUGUGAAAUACAGUUAAAUCAGUACCUAUAGGGAAAUUUAUCCUAGAAAGAAGAUUACAAAUCAAUGAUCUAAGCUUCUAAGAAAUAGAAAAAGAACAAAUUAAAUUCAAAAUAAGUAGUAGGAAGGAAAUAAUAAAGAUAAGGGUAGAAAUCAAUGAAACUGAAAACAGAAAAACAAUAGAGAAAAAAAUCAAUGAAAUAGAAAGCUAGUACCUUGAAAAGAUCAAUAAAAUUGAUAAAGCUUUACUAAAACUAAAAGAGAAAGAAACAAAUUAGUAGUAUCAGGAAUGAAAGAGGUAAAUCAUUAUAGAUCCUAUAGGUAUUAAAUGAUAAUAAGAGAAUGUUAUGAGUAGCUUUAUUCCACUAAGUUUGAUAACUGAGAUGAAAUGGACAAAUGCUUUGAAAGAUGCAAACUUUGAGGAAGAAAUAAUGAAAAUAAUCCUAUAUCUGUUUAAAAAGUUGAAUUUGUAGUUAAAUAUCUCGCAGAGAAAAGUCUAGGUCCAAAUGGUGUUACUGGUAAUAUCUACCAAACAUUUAAUGGAGAAAUGUCAAUUCUACAAAUCUUCCAGAAAGUGUACAAGAAAACUAUACACCAGUGUCCAUUAUAAACAUAAACACACAAAUCCUUAACAAAAUAUUAACAGAUUAAAUUCAGCAAUAAAUAAGAAGGGACCAAGUGGAGCUUAUUUCAGUAAUGCAAGGUAGAUUUUAAAUGCAACAUUAAAAUAUAAAACUGAUCACAUCAAUGUAUUAAAAAAAGAUCAUCUCAGUAGAUGCAGGAAACAAAAACAGUCAACAAAACUCAUCAGAACUAUUCAUGAUGAAAAUUCUCAGCAAAGCAGGAGUUGAAGGGAACUUUCCCAACUUGAUAAAGGGUAUCUACAAAAGCCUUAAGCUAACAUCAUACUUAACUUACACUUAAUGGUAAAGUACAAUCUUCCUAAGACUGGGAGCAAGGAUAAGAAAGCCCACUCUUUUUUUUUUAAAUCCCAAAUCUGUUGAUUGGAUUGUUUCCCACUCAUGUUGGUUCAGGUUGCUUUUAGUGCUGCUUCUGUCUGAAGGAUCAUCCUUCUGUUAAGUCUUGCUU